UGCGCCCCGACUUAAAGAUUCAUACGCUUUUGACAUACAUUCCGGGAACUCGAGAUACCCUCUUCGUCGUAAUAAUUAGUUUCGUGGGACAAUGCGAUGUAUUCGGCGAGCAGCUAUUGUCGGAAAAUCGAGUCACAUGUCGGGAAUAAGGAGGUAGCUGAUGCUGGAGGUGGCUACAAGCGAAUUCAAGUAACAGCUCUGGUUUUGUUGGUAGUAUUAUCUGGUUGGAUUGACCAUGCAGCGGGUGGUGAUUGUGGUCUGGACGAAUUAACUUGCAGAGAUGGACAUUGCGUACCGAUAGAUGCAUAUUGUAAUGGACAAGAUGAUUGUGGAGAUAAUAGCGAUGAACCAACAAUGUGUACUCCUUGCAAUCGUACCUAUCAUGGUCGGGAAGGACGUACAUACAAGUUAGAUCUUCCACGACCCGCAGAGGAACGUCUACCAUUUCUUUGUCAUUUAACAUUUACCGCUGCUGGACAGGGGUAUGGAGAAUUGGUACAACUUUUGUGGGAUGCAUUUAGCGUAGGUAAAAUAGAUCCAAACAGUGAUAGUUUUAUUACCAAUUGCCCGGAAGGUUCGCUACAGUUAGCAGAAUUAGGUAGACAUUUUACCGGUGGUUCAUGGUGUGGAGCUGGAGAAGGGAAGGCAUCUUAUUAUAGCGAGACCAGUACUGUUACAGCCUCUAUACGAUUAUUUCAUGCACCUUCCACAGUACCAUUCGAAUUCCAAUUGCGGUAUAGGUUUGUAGCGCGUAACGAAGCUGUUGCUAGAUUAGGAAAACCAGAUCUUCCGAUUGAAAGAGGUUCCCCGGUGCCAGGUACAUACUGCUCUAGAAAUUUUUAUGAAUGCCACUUAAAGCAGUGUAGACUACAAAGUCCAAAUUAUCCUGGUGAAUAUCCAAGAAAUGCAAGCUGUUUGAUCACCAUAAGGCAAAAGGAGGUACCCACGUGCAAACAUGCUAUGAUUUCUGUGAAAUCUACACCCACUGGUCCAGUUGGAAUUACUACGGCCAAUAGUUCCCUAAGCGUAUGGCAAGAUUGCCCUUCAGAGAAAGACCGCCUCGUUUUUCACGACGGUGUUCGUCUAGAGGAUCCGAUUUUAUUGGUUUACUGUGGAGGGCCUUUACCUAGAAUAACUGCCAGAGGUCCAACGAUGCAAGUGGAAUUUAGAAGUUCUCCAAUAGCUAUUCCCCUAGGUGCUUCUGCGUUGCGACUCGAACUUGAGAUUCAAGUAGUAUACGUUGAUUCCGAUGGACUCGAUUAUGCUAGAGGCCUUCAGGGUUGUCACUUUUUUGUAAACGGAACUAGUAAAAGAAGUGGUAUACUACGAGCACCGCUUCACGCACUGCCACCGAACUCCAGUUGUACAUGGAAUAUCAGAGGAGCCGCUGGAGACAGAGUGUGGAUUUAUUUUUCUUCUUACUCUCAGAGAGAUUUAACAGGCAGCGUAGAAAAUAAUGCUAGCUCGCAGUCAAACGUGUCUUGUGCAGUGAAACUAACUUUCUGGGAUGGAAGCCCGCCCACUGACCAUCCGAUGGCUACACUCUGCGACGACACACCUAAAUUGUGCGCGCAUGCAGCUUUAAGAAACGUAACCAGGAGCACACGGCCAUGUACCAAAGAUGAAAGUUACAUAACAGUAGCACCAUCCUUGACGCUGCGCAUGGAAACACUGUUGGGCACUGCUCUUCAUACGGUUAACUUUAACGCGCAGUACGAGUUCAUCUCAACCGUUCAAGCCGGCGAGCCUUGGGGCGACGGUGUUUGCAGUCGAGUCUGGCGCAAGAUUCGAAGCGGAGAAGUAAUGUCGCCGCGCGACGUUCGCCUCUUCGGCAGAGGUGGAUCCUCCAAGUUGGAUUGCAGAUACCGAAUCGAGGCGGGCACGGACGAGAGGGUGCGGCUGACGUUGCACAACGUCAGCCUAGGCGAAGCGACCGUGUGCACGAGCGAACCAGAUCCUCACACCAGCCGACCGCGUUGUGUUCAGGAAGUGGGCUCCAGAGAAGCUCGUUUAGUUUUAUACGAGGCGCCAUGGCGGGACGUGAGGCUUCCCAGAGCUUGUCUGUGCGACAAUACGUCUCAUUUACCUCUGACGCACAUUUCCUCGAGCAGAGCUCUAGAAAUUACAUUCCUGGUUGAUCAGCAGGCACCGCACGAGGACUUUGAAACGCUCUUCUUCUACGCCAGCUUCGAGCUCAUCCGGGCACCCGAGUGUCCCAGGAAACAGAGAGUGCGCGGAGAAGGAGGCGAGUUAAGAUUCAUAGCACCGCCAUUAUCAAGACCAGACAUUUACUGCGAGGGACUGCCUUGGUUAGUGGAGGCACGCGAGAAUAGAUCUCUCUUUGUCCUGACUUGGGGUUGGUUUCUCCCUCUGGAGCCCUCUCCGUUGUCAGAGAUAAACGAGCAACCGAAGUGUCCGACAACCAACCGGAUUCUCCUGUAUUCCGGCUGGCCACCUAAACUGUUGAAGGUGGUGUGUCCCGCGGAGCCAGGUGCCAGGGAGUACACGGUUCACGUGUUCUCGGAGGAGUGGUUGGGAGGAGCUGGAGAAGGCAAAUGGCCGGGACCACCGCGGCCACCCGCGCUUCUCCUGGACUUCGUCGCCAGAGAGUCUGGCCAGGCUGCGGCUUCGUGGCUCGAGAUAUCAAAGAGCAGAGCAGCGUUGCGUAGACAAUUGCGUCUGCCGGAGAGGGGAAUCGAGAAUGACACUUUAUCCCAUGGAGACUGCCCUCACAAGUGCCCUGAACUAAGUGCUUGCAUCGCAGCGAGCCUUUGGUGCGACGGACGUCCUCAUUGUCCAUCCGGGCAUGACGAGGCAAACUGUGGUAACGGUGCGAAACUGCUCGGAUUACUUCCAUCGGAAGUGUGGCUCGUGUUAGCUGGUGUUGCUGGAAUUAUCGCUGCCUUUGCAUGCUUUUUUGCUGUGCUGAUCAGCAGGUCAAAAGCACGCAACAAAGGACUUCAUUAUAAGGGUACAAAGAAAAGCAAUAGGCCGAGACGCGCGCCAACAGAAGAGACGUUGCUCGGAGCAGCAUCCUGACAGCAACAGCCCGGUUACGUGGAGUAUAUACACGUCGACCGGGAGACAACAGUUUAGCAAUACUUCUCUAUGCUUCACCGUCCACUAACUUAUCACUAUUCCCAGUUACCAUACUCUUCAUCUUCAAGUCUUUCGUUUUCUAGUCAACGGUAAGUAAUUUCAUUUGCUGGUGUAGCUCAGGCGAAUCGUUUUAGGUUAUCCCUAGUUGUUUUCUAUGGGAUUUUAUAAAGGUUCAUAUUAAUUAGAGAUACGAUAGGGAUACGAUUUCUAAUCAAUUAUUGAAAAAUCGUGCAGCCAAUACGGCUGUAAUCCAUUAGCUCCGAUUAUGUUACAUUCUUAUACACAUGCGUUUACGCAAUUGGUAGCGUACGAUAUUCGUUUGUCGACGUAGCUGUUCAGUAAAGAAGUGCAAAUAAUAUAUACCGUACAUACAGGAAUACAUCAAUAAUUUAAUGAGAUAUCACACGUAUUGCUCAAAGAACAUUGUAACUGCCAAAAGAAUACUUUAAGUUCUAUUAGCAAGUGUACAUUUUUUAGCAAUAAUGGAAAGGAAUAGUAGACAGAGAAUUGUGAAUGCAACACUUUUUUGUAUUUCACGUUGGGAGUAUCUUUCAUUUCUACAGUUGACAUCCGUUACAUGAUUAUGAAUGUGUUUUUGUUAAUGGCAUCGAGGAUUUGUUUUAAUAUAUUUAAUGUUAAUGUCUUUCUUGUACGGGGUUUAGAAAUAUUCUUAUAUUUAUUUAUCACGGCAGCGCAUACUUUCUAUGAAAUUCAAUGUAGUCGUUUGAUUCAAAGUCAUGCUAAAUAUACAAAAAGGAAUCUGAAUAAAGACAACAAUGCCGCAUCAUUUUUGAUUCGUUGAAUGUACAAUACUACUGACUGACAAAAAUAACUUGGCAGGUUGGGUGCACCGUUUGUACUGAAUAUGUAUGCGAUAACAUUUUCCCUGCUAAACUAUUUUUGUCGUGUUUUACGUAAAUAUAUACUAUUAAGGGAACAAUUAUAGGUGAAGUUCCAGCGCACAAGAAAUUGUCAUAAACCUGAAAGGAACAAAAAAAAUUAGAUGAAAUUUAUAUGGUACAAUAUUAUAUAACAGUGUUUUCUCUACACUUCUUUCUACUCUGAGAAAGUGUUACAUUUUUAUUCCUGAAAUUGAUUAUAUUUUCUACAAUAUACUCUGUUCGUUGUAUACUCGUAUUUAUUUAGAAUACAAAUUCCAUUUAUUUUGCAAUAAUGUAUAUGCACCCAUGUAAGUACAUGUAUGAGAAACAUUAGCGAAGUAUAUUCUUAAUGACUAAAGGAACUUCAGGAAAAAUCAGGCGAUCUAAUUAAUAUAUAUCGAAUAGAGAAGUUUAGAAAACACUACCACACGGAUAUUCUAAAAAGUUACUCAUAAAAUCGCUGUUAUACAAUAUUUACUACUAUAGUUUAUAGUUGCACUUAAACAACUAGAAGUCUACUUAGCUGAGGGAGAAGGAAAAAGAAAAAGGAUGGAAGAUAGCGACAUAAUUUAUAACUAUAAAACACUCGGUAAUGUUAGAAAAUUGUUAUUCGAAUAUAAUUAUUGUUAUAAGAACGACUAAUACGUAUUACUUAAACAGAAGUGGAUGAAUUCGCCUACUAGCUAGUUUCAAAUUAGGAGGUUCACAACAUAAAAACCGAAUCAUUGAACAUUGAAUAUUUUAAGCUGAAAUUCCAUUCGUGGUACACAAACUACAAUCCGAACGAAUAAAUCAAACAUAGGUUUUAAUUGGAUUAUUAUAUUAUCACACGUGAAUCCCGAUUCGAGGGAUUAUACUUAAGUACCACUGUAAGGACUGAAAGUAAAUUACAAGAGGCAGUGAUUAAGUGAAAGGAAUAAAACAAUAUGUAUUAUAAGUGCUACUUGAAAAUUUACAUUAUAAUAUAUUGUAUACUUAGUUUCUAGAAAACUAUACAAACUAGCAACGUCUGCGUCGCGACUCCUUGGAAAAAUUGGAUAUUUAAAGGAGCACAGAAGGUCAUUGGAAUUUUCCGUUCUGUUAAUUGGAUAUUUAUAAUCGACAAGGAGUUCACCGAUGCAAAACUGAUUUGGUAUAGAGGAACCAUACGUUUGUGUAAAUAAUGCAUAGAGUAUGAGAACUGAAUGCGCGUAACACAGUCUGUUUGAACUAUUUCAAAUUCUGAUAUCUAAGAACAUUGUUGUUAGAUUCAAUUUAUACAAGAUACUUGGAACACAAUCAAGAAAGACAAUUGUUCAAAAUGUGUUUACACUUUUCUUUCAAAACGCUGCGCAAGGAAUAUUGAGUUAGUUGUUCUAUCACGUAGAUACUCAAGAUGUUUCUCAUUUUUAAUUAAACCUCUUGCUAUAUGGCUAUUAAUUAAAUCAUAUAUGCAAUUCUAUACAAUGUUUUGAAGAAUAAUUCUUACUUUUAAAGCUAAGGUUAAGUAAUAUAUACUCAAUGCGUUAUGUAUCACAACUUUAUGAUCUCUCCUGUACUUUUCAUUCAAUUGUAUGCAAAUAACGCGACACGUUCGCGUAUUACGUAGACUGUGUUACCGUACUUGUUGUAUUUGGGAGAUUCGGGACGUUCGGCUAUCCGAACGCGGAUUUAGAUAUCAGUUUAUGCGGACCGUGUAGCUCAAGACUUAGGGAUUCCCCUGUUAGAGGGGCCUCCAUAGCGAAUUCCGCGAGGAUCACCGUGUUUCCUCAGAAAUAUUCUAAUCCGAUAAACAUUAAUUUGAAGUUUUGAGAGAAGUACAUUUUAUGAAGAGCAACGUAUACUUACUAGGGUCUACUUUAGUAACGAAUUUACCGUAUAACAAAGAGAAAUGAAGAGAGAGGAUUUACAUAUUACGACACCUUAUACAUAGGAACACAUGCGUAUCCAAACACUUAUAUACAUGGAACAUAAACGUACUCGUUUGAAGUUUUUAGAACGCAGAGACAAAAUUGAUCUCAGGGGAUUACUCCUGGGCAAGAUCAUAGGAACUUAAUUGCCUUUUACGCUGUAAGUGUGAUGUAAGGUCCCGUGUAAUCUCAUUUAGUAAAGGGAAUCAUUGACGACAACAACUCGUUUGUAGAAUUAGACGCCCAAACAGAGCGUAGAGAGAGAGAGAGAGAAUAAUAAUUUCGUGAUUCUACGUUUUCCAAAAUGUCUUCUUUUCCUCCGACGAGUCAGCGAGCCUGAUUAAUUUCUCUCGUUCGGGGAAACGAACUCACGACACGCAUCUUCGGACAAAUUGUUAUUCGCAGUUAUUACGCUCGACGUACCGACUCAGACGAUUUCAUGGUAAAGUAUUUCCGAGAGGGAGACUAGUGUCACCACCGCCAUAAGUGCGUUCGGGCUAAUCACGUGGACACGAAUAUUUAUCGAAAAUGGAAAAAAUUCUAAAUACGAUUGCGAUAUCGUUAUUUUUGAACACUGGAAAAAACGAUUUCUCAUUUUCCAUAGAAGUUGCUUCCGUUUUGCGUUACCUUCCUACAUUCUUCCGGCUUUAAUUUUCUUGAAAACCCGCUACCUCAAGUACACUGUGGGCGAUGACGUCAAUGGACCCACUGUUAGUAGAGGACUGACUAAUUAGAUCCAGGCAUCGUUCGUUUCCGUUGUCCAAGCACUUCUCCGUUUGUCCACCAUCUGCGAGAAGAUCCCGUGGGGUCUGUCCCGCAGGAGCUCAUGGGGGCGACCGAAUUCCUGUUCCCACAAACCAUAUAUGAGCGAACCACUCCACAGUAGCUAUACUCGCGACAACAACAUUAUAAACCUGAUCGUACCGCGAUGCGACCGGCGUCCAUCACGAUGAUCCUGUCGCAGUCGAUGAUGGUGUUCAGGCGGUGGGCGACGGUGAUGACCGUGCAGUCGGCGAACCUGAUAAUCCAAGAGGAACGUUGUCUCGCCCUUCACCGUCUGGAACGAGGAAGAAGCAACGAUAGAGAAGCUCACCUGAAAAAUAUUUUACUCAACAGACCAGCGACCUCCUUUGAAUUCCGUUUCGUGUACACUUUCUUCGUCUCCAUUAUUCCCUAUGGAUCUCAACAACGAACCAUUGCGUUGAUAUCGACAGGGAUAUUUAUAAUGCACCGCUGGAAUAGAAUUUGUCAAGAGUGAUGGUCAGACCAUGAAUUUCCUAUUAAAAUUUAUUCGUCACGAUAAACAAUACACAGCGAACACGAGGAUAACGAGGAUACGAAACUAAAAAAAAUCAUGUUACAUGCAUGUCGAAUGAUAAAUUAGUUUACAGCAUUCUUGGAUCAUUGAUAUGAGCGUUCUGUAUGCGUGGCUUUCAUUGAAACAGUACUGCACGUGUUACGAAAAUAAUUCACGUUCUGUCCCACUCAAGUAAGGCCGAAGCUUAAAUACAUUUUCUCAGUCACUUAUUCAUUCAUUCAUUGUCUAUAUUAUUUCAGUCCAAGAUCCCAUCACAGUAUGGUCUCAGCGAUGACAUCAGUUGAAUCCGUGUCGGUGGAGAUCUUCCUGGUUCGAUCCGGACUCUGGUUCUUCCUGUCCAGGCAAGCCUUCUCCGCCUGUUCGUGGAGCGUCUGCGCCAUCGUCACCCCCGUGUUCUCCACCAUCUGCGAGAAGAUCCCGUUGGGCUUGUCGCGCAGGAGCUCAUGGGGGCAGCCGAAUUCCUGUUCCCACAAACCACUUAUGAGCGAGCCACUCCACAGUAGCUAUACUCUUGACAACAACAUUGUAAACCUGAUCGUACCGCGAUGCGACCGGCGUCCAUCACG